AUGUGGUUAGAGACACACUGGAAGAACAUCCGCCAAGCCUUGUUGCUUCUUUUCACUGCUGCUCUUCUCAUUGGGGUCACCCUGUUGGCCAUUUCAUCUAACAUCAAUCCAGUAGGCUAUUUCUUCCUAGGGGUAGGGGGAGUGUGCCUGAUUGGGUAUUUGCUGACUGUGUUUGUCGAGUGUUACCUGAGGAAUUGGCACCGGCGUGACGCAAAUGAAACAACUCCAAACAGGCAAAGCCAGGCAGGGGUGAACGCUGCCUAUGAAGCACCCACCUAUGAGGAGGUGAUGACCAUGUCAGUUCCAGCAAUAUGGACAAUUGCAUCCAAUCCAGGCUCAGUGCCCUCACCACUGAAUGAGCCUCCUCCUUACAACGUCGUUAUUGAAUCAACUGCCCACGAAGAUACUAUAGUGGAGGCUCUCAGGGUGUCAGUGGCAUCGGACAUAAGAGGCACCUUGGAGACAGACAGAGGCUCCAGGAUGCAGCUGCAGCUGGUGCUGCCCCCAAGACCGCAGCGGAUUGUUUCAGACAUUCAUGAAGUGAAAGGUAUUGAAGACAGGUUUGAGCCACUGGAGCCACUCACCCCACCACCUGCUUAUGAGAGUGUCGUCAAUGAUGAGGUCUUUGAAGAUGGUUUCCAACCCUCCGUAUUAUGA